CGCCGGUGUGAUAUCCCAAGUAAAGCAUUAUCUUAUCACAAUUAGCGGGACGUCAACACAGCCGAAGAGACGGCCAGUUGCCCUCCAUUCGCCGACCAUACAGCACACUCGCUCUUCCUCAUAUUCCAUCGGAAAAAGGGACACCGAGACACCCCAUGCCAGAGUAUGAGAAAGAUGAUGGACCAGGAGAAGAAAGGAAUUGAACAGCCAGGCAAGGAACAGGGAGGGAACGUACCAAAGAAACAGAAAAUGAAUAACGAUAGCCGGAGAACGGAGAACAGAGAACAGACGGAAGUGGAUAAGGCGAAAGGCAGCGGAGAGGAGGAUGCGAUAAGUGGGAUGGAAGCAGGAAGCGAUAAAAUGAGCAAAGAAGGAAUGGUGGAGGGAGAAGCAAGCAAGGAAAUAAAUGGCGAAGGAGAAGGAAGAAUAUACGAAAACAAAAGCGGAGAAGCAAGCAAGGGAAUAAGAAACAACGAAGAAGGAAGUAAUCAAGAAAAAGAAAAAGGUGGAGGAAACGUAGAAACAGGAAAUAAACAAGCAAAGGAAGAGAAAGAAGGAAGCAAGGAAAUAAAAGACAAAGAAGGAAGUAAAGAAGAAGCAAACAACCAAGAGAGAAAGAAAGGGACAAAAGACAAAGAAACAAACGAUAAAUUGGCAGCAAAGCAAAGACGACUAACAAGCAAAAGAGAAACAAGCAUAACAAAGAGAAACAAACAAGAAACAGAAAAUGACGAAUCAAAUACCAAACAAACAAACAAAAAGGAGACAGGAACGCAACAUCCUGAACUAACAAACGAGAGCGCACCCGGCGAAGGAGGAGCCGCGGAGCCGACCAGCGCUGAAGACAAGGAGCAGAAGCAGAAGAAGGCCAAGGCUGAGAAGCAGAGGCAGAAGAAGGCCAAGACUGAGGAGGAGGCUAAACAGGCGGCCAAGACUGAGGAGGAGGCUAAACAGGCGGCCAAGACUGAGGAGGAGGCUAAACAGGCGGCCAACUGGACUGAGGAGGAGGCUAAACAGGCCAAGACUGAGGAGGAGGCUAAACAGCGACAGGCUAAACAGGCGCCAAGACUGAGGAGGAGGCUAAACAGGCGGCCAAGACUGAGGAGGAGGCUAAACAGGCGGCCAGACGAGGAGGAGGCUAAACAGGCGGCCAAGACUGAGAGGAGGCUAAACAGCGGCCAAGACUGA